GUAAGUACAAUAGAUUUAUGUUUUAAUUUAGGGCAAAAAAACCGCAGAACUUAAUGAACAACCUAAUAUAUAAAGUAUCGCAAUCUCACAUUUUUCGCAUGCAUAAAACAAACUAUAUUCGAUUGCAUUGAUAAAAUAACCUAUCAAAUUAGUCCAAAGUUUACUACCGUCGAACGAACAUUUAUUACUAUGUUUCUCUUUUAAUAUUUUAAGUUUUAGUUUCAAGAGUACUUUUAGUUAUUAAGCGAAUAGUUCAUUGAUAGUUAAAUUAACAAAUGAUUCGUCUUAAAUGAGUGGAUAGGUUUGUCAAUGAGAUGUAAUAUGGCACGAAUAAAACAAGAAGAACGGAAAAGUGCUAGGAAAGGAUACAAACUCAGUGAGUAUUCCAAAGGUAAUAGUAUCUGGAAACUGUUAACUAUGCGCAAUUUUUUAGUGAUGAUGGAGAUUUCAGUUCAAUAUGAAUGAAAAAACAUUUCCAAUUUUAUAUUCUACCACAUUUUUUGAAGUCAUAAUUUUACUUCGAUAGAAUGAUUUUUAGGACAUUUUACUAAGCAUUCGUAUUUUAAGAACCUCGACAAAAGGCCUGCACCCUAUCCUUCCUUCUUUCGUCUUCCGUCUACCCUCUCACACAUGUCAGUUCUGCCAAGCGUUCUCACGAAUUAUCCGUCACCCUCUGAAAAUCCACGUUUAUCCACUUUCUCAUCCCUAUGUGAGAGAAAAUCUCGCUCUCGUGACAAUUGUCUGGGUCGUCCCGCCAGUUAUCUUAUGAUGGUGCAAUGAAAUCUUCCCUGUCAGUCAAGCGGUCUUACAUAGAUAAGAAAAGAAACGUUUGCGCUAGUAACGAACAGAGAAUAUUUGUUUUUAUCUCACGUCCGGAAAAACGUCGACUAAGACUUCCGUCCGGGGAAGAAAAGUUGCAUUGUCUCAUGCUAGAUAAUCGCGAGAAACGCGAAAUGAUGUAUAAUACUCCUAGUAAUACGAUGCUGUUACUAGCACCAUAUGAGAAGAAUUAUUAUUGCACUUUCUGUUACAAACAAGUAGCAGAAGCUAAUUACUUUUAGAAAGAAAACACGAUCUUAUAACUUUAGAAGAGAAGUAUUCCUUUCUUGGAGAGUAAAAAGUACAUUUUUGUGCCACUACCGAGAAAAACAUUUGUUAUUAUGUGUACAGUAUAUGUAUAAUAAAUCCAAAAAAGCUAUGUGUAAUUUUGUAAACUUCUAAAAAAUUAAGUAAAUAAAAAUACAUAAAAUUGAGUAAAUAAAAAAAUGUCCUUGAAGCAAUCUCGAGUAAUCUUUCAUUAAUAUUUAGUAUUUAUUUCUUAUUGUGGUAACUUGUUGUAACUUGUUAGAAUAAUUAAAAUAUAUACUAUAUUGUGUGUAUCAUAUAUAAUUUAUAGUGAUACUAGGACCUUUAUUCAGCAAAUCACAAAAAUUGUUACUUAUAUUAAGUUAAAAUCCUCAUAAUCGCAAAACAAAGUUGAUAUUCGUAAAUAUUGCAAAAUACAUAGUGCUAAUUUAUUAUUAUAUUCUCGUUUAUUUCUAACAAUAACCAUCGAACAACAAAAUCGAGCUUUGCAUAUUUGGAAAGUACGUUUUUCGACGAAUAUUUCUAUGCCAAUAAUUUGCGAGUAACAAAUUUAGUGUACUUUACUGUGUAUUGUACGAGAUCCAAAGAUAUGAAGAUAUAAUAAUUUUUCUAAAAGGGCGUAAUUUUUCAAAAAUGUUUUUCCGAUAACUUAGAGCAACAAAUUCUGAUAUACUUAUUUUUUUAAUUGAUGUAUUCUAUAUAUCGCUCAUUUGCUACAACAAUGACAUAUCUCAAAAAUCGGCCUUUUUGAGUUAUUACUAUAGGGGGAAGGAUUGUACAAUGUACUAUUUAGAGUUAAAACGACAAAACUUUAGUACCAAAACCUCACCGCUAGAGAGCAGUUAUGUCGCUAUUAUACCUUAACAUUAGUGAACAAUGUAAGUUGCAACACUGUCUUAUCUCAGUUGGUAUUUCGUCGCUGUAAUGACAACAUCAUCACAGUUGCAAAUAGAGUGACUUAUUUGGUGUUAUAACGCUAUUGCUGUAAAGGUAAGACUACUUGCUAUCUUCUUUUUUGUCAUCAGAAAUGUAUCAGUUUAACUUAUAACUGUAUUAAUGAAAUAAUCUACAUGGUUCACAUUAGUAUUAUUUCUAAAUAUGACGUUCUUGCAGCAAACAAUCCUCCUUGUAACUGUAGUAUUUCUUAUUAUGUCGUUAUUACAAAACACAUUGUGUCUAUUCUGAAUCAUCAAUUUGAAACUAUGAGUCCUUAUGACAGUCUUGCUGAACAUAUUUUUCCCACUUUCAUGAUUUAGUUUUCGUUAUUUACACUUAUGUCGGUUUUGUUACUAACCUAUCUUGUACCUAAAACCAAAUAUUGAAAUGUGACAAUAUUAUAAGUUUUCCCAUGUCAUUAAUACAGUUCAUUUUCAAUAUUACUUUUAUUUUAGCGUACUAUAAUUAUGUCCUGUCGUGGGAAAAUAAUGGUUGAAAUGGCUAUAGAAUUACUAUCAGAAAAGAAUGAAGUUCCUGUUGAAAACAAAUGUGUUGAAGAUAAAUCUGCGAAUGAACUUCCUCUUGACAAUGAACUUGUUGUCGAUAACGAACCUUCUACAAAUGCUACUUCUUUUGAUCAGUCUUUAGAAGAAUGCUGGAAUACAGCAGGUCCCAGCCAGUCUCGUAAUACUAUUGCAAGAUGUAGUCAGUCAAGUAGGAAUUCAAGUUCUAGUUCGUCUACUUGUUCUACUUGCAGUGGUUCGUCAUCCUCUGAAGAUUGUGACGAUAUAAUUAAUGACGAGACAUACGUACCACGAGAUAACAGUGACAGUGACAAAGAAAAUUCAAACGUUCAAAUUCAUGAUACUGAAACAACUACAGUUCCGCAGGAUAUCUCCAUUUUAACAAGUCCCCACAAAACAAGUAUCAAACGCAAAAAGAAUAUAGAAAAAUGGAAAAGAAAUUUAUUGAAGAACUACAGGAAUAGUGGAAAGGCCUACGAAUCGCACACAGAAAACAAAAAAAUGUGAAGUGAAAGGAAAAUGAGAUCUGCAUGUGGAGAAAAGUGCAAACUACAGUGUUCCACAAAAUUUACCGAAGAGGAAAGAAAGCAGCUAUUUUUUGCAUAUUGGAACUUAGGCGAUAUUGAAAAACAGAGAUUGUUUAUUACGAAUUCUAUGCAGGUUAUUCAGCCGAAAUAUCGCUACAUUCGUAUUGGAGGUACCAGAAGCCAACGACAAAAUAAUAAUGCCUUCUAUUUCCAUCAUAAUAAUCAGCAAGUUCGAGUAUGUAAAUUGUUCUUCAAGAAUACCUUAGACAUAAAUGACCGCCCGAUUCGUACAGUGUUGGACAAAAAAAAUAAGGUUGCGAAUGUUUUACUGGAAUCUGAUCAAAGAGGAAGACAUGGUAAAUAGAAGACUGUGGAUCCGAGUGUAAGGGAAGGAAUUAAACAGCAUAUUGAUUCUAUCCCAAAGAUAGAAAGUCACUACACACGCGCGAAUACAUCGAAACUCUUCAUUGAUGGAAGCAAAUCUAUUGCAGACAUUCACAAGGAUUAUGUGGCCAAGCGUAAAGAGAAAAAUGUACCAUUUGCUAACUGUGUCUUAUUUUAUAGAGUAUUCACAGAAGAAUAUAAUAUUUCCUUUUUCGUUCCAAAAAAAGAUUUGUGUGAUACCUGCACGACUUUUAAUAAUGCAGAAGACAAGAAAAAAGAGCACUUGAAAGAUAAUUAUGAUCGCCAUCUUGUUGAAAAGGAAUUAUCAAGAGCAGAGAAAAAAGCAGAUAAGGAAAAAUCUGAUGUAGUAGUGGCUGUUUACGAUCUACAGGCAGUCAUGCAAUUACCCAAAGGGAAUGUGUCGGUAUUCUACUAUAAGUCUCAGUUAAAUGUUUUUAACUUUACCAUAUAUGAUUUAAAAACCAAUACAUGCGAUUGCUUUGUAUGGGACGAGGCGAAUGGUCACCGUGGUGUAAAUGAGUUGGGUACGUGCAUAUUGCAAUAUUUGAGAAAGAUAUCUAUCUCAAAACAUGAUGUAGAAAUCAUCUUUUAUUCCGACAAUUGCGCUGGGCAGCAAAAAAAUAAGUUCAUGAUUGCUCUCUACUUAUAUGCCAUACGCUACCUGGGAAUAAAAUCAAUCACCCAUAAAUUUCUAAUCAAAGAACAUACACAGAAUGAAGGAGAUUCAGCUCAUUCGUUAAUAGAGAGGCAGGUAAAACGUCUUCUCAAAAGUGGGCCAAUGUAUACACCAGAAUCCUUUAUUUCCGCCAUUCGAUCUGCGAGAAAAACAGGACAGCCAUUUCAAGUCAACGAGCUCUGCUAUGAGGAUUUCUAUGACAUAAAGACUCUGGCCAGUACAUAGGUCCCCUGAAUAUGACGGCAUUGAAAUUGUCCCAAGUGCAUGUUCUGAAAGUGAUACGAGAAUCACCAACAUCGAUUUUUUAUAAAUAUUCGUACAGUGAGGAUUUUAAGGAGGCAACCAUUAUCAAGAGGAAGAAGAAAGAUGAUGGUACCAGUAUUACAUUGAUCCCAGCAUUUUCUUCUAAGCCAGGACUCUCACAAAAGAAGAAAGAUCUUCUAGACUUACUUCAUAAAAACCACAUACCUAAAUAUUAUAAAGCUUUUUACGAAUAUUUGUGUUUGUAGACCCAAAAAAUGUAUAAAAACCAUACUGAAACUAUAAAA